GGCAGAGCAGCAGAAAGAGAGAAGGGCUGAGCUGCGACACUCAGUCACAGAGAGGCAGAGGUGUGAGUGAGUUAGUCAGAGGAAGAAAGGGAGACUUGGAAAGUAAUAGCAGGUUUUCUGUUUCAUUUUGGUUGAAAGUGGGAAAGAGAUUACAACAUAUCCGGGAGAGAGAAAAGAAAGGGAGAGAACACUAUAAUUUCUUUUUUAGAGGGGUUUGACAUACUUCUCCACCCGAAUAAAGCAGUCUCUCUGAGUGCAGUUUCAGGGACACUGAGGACCAGGGGUUGCAAUGAUAAGGAUUUUGGUAACUUGCGUCUCCAUGGUGUCCAUCACCGCGAUGGUUGCUGGUGGUCGUGGUGGAUACGGAAUGAGUAUGUUCGCGGCUCAAUCCUCUCCUCCGGACCCUUGUUACGACGAGAACGGCAACCCCAGACGCUGCAUCCCCGACUUUGUGAACUCCGCGUUCGGGAAGGACGUGCGCGUCUCCAGCACCUGCGGCACCCCGGCGUCGCGGUACUGCGUGGUGACCGAGAAGGGCGAGGAAAGAUCGAGGGACUGCAACAUCUGCGACGCCACGGACCCCAAGAAGACCCAUCCACCUGCGUAUCUCACAGACCUCAACAACCCUCACAACCUCACCUGUUGGCAAUCGGAGAACUACGUGCAAUACCCCCAAAAUGUGACUCUGACGCUGUCCCUGGGGAAGAAGUUCGAGGUGACCUAUGUGAGCCUCCAGUUCUGCUCUCCUCGUCCUGAAUCCAUGGCCAUCCUCAAGUCCAUGGAUUAUGGGAAAACCUGGGUGCCCUUUCAGUUCUACUCAACCCAGUGCAAGAAAAUGUACAACAAGCCGAGCAAAGCUGCGAUCACCAAGCAGAACGAGCAGGAAGCGAUCUGCACGGACUCUCACACGGACAUGCAGCCGUUAACAGGUGGGCUCAUCGCAUUCAGCACGCUGGAUGGCAGACCUUCCGCGCAUGACUUCGACAACUCUCCCGUUCUGCAGGACUGGGUCACGGCCACCGAUAUCAAAGUGACCUUCAACCGGUUGCACACGUUCGGGGAUGAGAAUGAGGAUGACUCGGAGCUCGCCAGGGACUCGUAUUUUUACGCGGUGUCUGACCUGCAGGUCGGCGGUCGCUGCAAGUGUAACGGGCACGCGUCAAAGUGCGUAAAGGACCGGGAAGGGAACCUAGUGUGUGAGUGCAAGCACAACACGGCGGGACCGGAGUGUGACAGGUGUAAGCCGUUCCACUACGACCGGCCGUGGCAGCGUGCGACGGCCAGAGAGGCGAACGAAUGUGUCGCCUGUCACUGUAAUCUUCAUGCCCGCCGCUGCCGCUUCAACAUGGAGCUGUAUAAGCUAUCGGGCCGCAGGAGUGGAGGAGUGUGUCUCAACUGCAGACACAACACAGCCGGACGCCACUGCCACUACUGUAAAGAGGGCUACUACAGAGACAUGACCAAGGCCAUCUCACACAGACGAGCCUGCAAAGCCUGUGAUUGUCAUCCGGUCGGUGCAGCUGGUAAGACCUGUAACCAGACGACUGGACAGUGUCCAUGCAAAGAUGGUGUGACUGGCAUCACCUGCAACCGCUGCGCUAAAGGAUACCAGCAAAGCAGAUCACCUAUCGCCCCUUGCAUCAAAAUCCCUGUUGCUGCACCCACAGCCACCUACAGCAGUUCAGAAGAGCCUACAGACUGUGACUCCCACUGCAAGAGCCCCAAGGGCAAGAUGAAGGUCACCAUGAAAAAAUACUGCAAAAAAGAUUUCG